GAGCGGCUGCGUAACCAAGGCCCAGCUGUCCCCCACACACCACACACCACUCGAUCGAAGAAGAGGGACUAGAAGGGGUCUGUGCGCAGUUCCCCGAGAGCCAAGGGUCGAUAGCCGUAUUGGUGGUGUGUUGAGCCGUCGUAUGGCCGGCUAAUGGAACUUGUCCGCUCUGCUUCUUCUGAGGGAGAGUCCUCUCCGUCGAUCGGGAAUACUCGGAGGAAGCGUAAGCCCACAGCCACACAGUCCAGUGGACAAUAUACAAAGAGACCUAAAACUCUCCCUGUUGUUACAACUGUUCCUCUACGGAAAUCGGCCAGACUCAUCGCCCGACAGCUGAGAAUCGCCGACGAAGAGAAGGCCAAAGCCGCUGCUGCUGCCGCGGAAGAAGCUCGUAAUAAAAGGGGCUCCUCGUCUGGUUCUGCCGAAUCCAGCACUUCUCGGUCAGGUGGCGGGAAAAAAUCGAGAGAGACUCCAUCAUCAUCCAGUAGUGCCUCAAUAGAGGAAGUGUCCAAAUCUUCCUCUGAGUCAAAAAGUGAUACUAGGACCCAGGGUAAAGCACCCAAGGCGAGAGUUGGUAGCUCUAGAAAGAGAAAGCGUUCGAACUCACCGCGGUACAAACCUAGCACUACCCACUCCAAAACCAAGGAGUGUUCAUCUCCGGCCCCUCCACUUCGCAGGUCUUCGAGAAACAGCGCUGUGUCGGAUCGUCUGCAAUCGGCCGAACGGGACACCCCUACAAUUAGUGGUACAGGAGGUGAUCCGAAACAUAAAAAUCCGGCGAAGCGACAGCGUACUAACAGAAGUAACAAGUCUGCUCCCACAGCCGCAAGUGGCAGCAGUUGUGCAAAGAAUCAGCAAACCGCUGGUAGCAAGGUCGAGAAGACAGAAACCGGCGAGAUUCACUCGCCUGUAGCCAACACAACUAGUCAAGUCUCAGCUAAAGACAGCGGUGCCUCUUUACCUGGUACCACCAACAAAGGCAAGAGGAGGGAAAAGUCGAGAAAGGUUCCCACAGUUCCAAUUGGGGAAUCUGUCGAAGGACAGGCAAAGAGAUUCACACGUAGAAAGGAGGCAGGGAAGGACGCGGGAAAGGAGUCAGUUGUAGCAGAAGGAGAGUUUGAUCGGCACGGACGAAGGGUGACGGGUAAAUCGGUCAUCUGUGAACCUCAGAAGGGCAAGUCUGCAAGAUCGGUGAAAGGCAAAGGGAGAGCCAGAACAGAAAUACCAAGGCAAUCAUCAGGAUCAACAAGAAUCUCAAUUCCAUCAUUCAUUGAGUUUGGGACUCUCGGCAUGUCUGACGCCAGAUCCAGUGACAAAGCUACAGCUUCAGGAGGAGGGGGAGAGAAGGGAGGUGGAGGGAAAGGUACAGAGGCAGGGAAGAAAGAGGGAGGAGAUGGAGCCAGCAACAGCAGCUCAGACUCGACUCUCGCGGCUUCCAUGAGCGAAGACAACCAUCGCCUGCAAUCGAUGUUGGAGGCCCAAGGUCUCCCUCCGCACCUGCUGGGUGCUCUGGGCUCCAAGAUGCAGUACAUCUUACACAAAUCCUUCUCUUCCAUGAGCUCAUCAAACUCCUCGAGGGCGCACCAGCUGCUGACAGACAUGGAGUCAGGAGACGAGAGCACACAGCUGCAGGCCUGCAUCGAGGUGGGGCAGCUCCUGGUGAUGGGCAACGAGGAAACCCUCGGUGGAUUCCCCGUCAAACAGGCCGUCCCCAUCCUGUCAAACCUUCUGUCUCUGGAACACAACUUUGACAUGAUGGUCCAGGCCUGCAGGGCUCUGUCGUACAUGAUGGACGCUCUGCCCAGAUCCUCGGCGGUGGUGGCUAAGACCAUUCCUCUACUGGUGAAGAAGCUGCAGGUCAUACAGUGUAUGGACGUCGCAGAGCAGGCUCUUUCGGCACUGGAGCUACUGUCUCGUAGACACGGGAAAGACAUCCUGCAAGCUGGAGGGCUGAAUGCUUCCCUGGCCUAUCUGGACUUCUUCUCUCUCACUACUCAGAGGAGAGCUCUGUCUGUGACUGCCAACUGCUGCUACUCCCUGGCAGAGGAGGACUUCCCUCUAGUGGUUGACUCUGUACCCAUCCUCACUGCCAGACUACAACAUCAGGACAAGAAGUCGGUGGAGAGCUGUUGUCAGUGUUUCUCGAGAGUGGUGGAGAGUUUCAGCUCAAACCAGACCAUCCUCAGACAGAUUGUGACCACAGCCCUACUCCAGAACCUGCAGCAACUGCUGGUAGUGUCUCCACCAGCCAUCAGUUCCGGUACAUUUGUGACUGUCCUCCGAAUGCUGUCCACUCUCUGCUCAGCCUGCCCUCCACUGGCUGUGGAACUACUCACAAUCAAUAUAGCUGACACACUGCGCUACCUUCUUGCCGGCUCUGGAGAGAUUACUCUGGACAACAUUGAGCUGAUGAGUCGUUCUCCUAAUGAAGUGUACGAGAUUCUCUCACUGACAGGUCAUCUUAUGCCACCACUGCCCAGGGACGGUAUAUUUGAGAUCGAGGCAAUCAUCAGCACCAAGAAACAUGCACCAUCUGUGGUCCAGUGGGAGUGGCAGGAGAACGAAGGAAGCUGGAGAGCCUACAACAGUCUUGACAAUCGCAACAUUGAGAUGGCCCACUUGGCUCACGAGGAAGAGUGUAACAUAUCAGUAAUGGGAAGGGACUACACCAUCGACCUUGGGACCAUGCAACAGAUCAACGAAGACACAGGUACCACUCGAUCAGUCAGGAGAAAGAUUCUAGACAGAGCAAAGUCAACCACUGAACAACAGUCUACCGUGGACACAGAUGCAAGGGCAGUGGCUCUGAAUUCUGACCCAGCCCUGGGCAGUUCCUUUGUGAAGGCUCUGUUUGCAGUACUCUAUGAACUCUUCAACUCUAUGGCUGGUUCCUCGGUCCACAACAAGUGCCUGAAGACAAUCCUUCGCGUACUCUACCAUUCAGACUCUGAAGUAUUGGAGGACAUUCUAAGAGAUAUCCCAGUGUCAAGUCACAUUGCCACCAUGCUCAAGUCUAAGGACUCUCACACCAUAGUGGGCGGGGUCCAGAUGGCCCACAUACUCAUGGAGAAACUCCCCAGCAUCUUUCUCGUCCUGUUCCACCGCGAGGGAGUUGUCCAUGAGGUGCGGGCACUGAGAGACUCCCCACUCAGGCUCCUCCCCACCCCUCGCAAGGACACGGGGAGGAGUCCGGGUGACCCGGCUCCCCCCGGACCACCCUCCCUGCCCCCUCCCCGCGGAGGAAGAGGACUCUCGUCUGUCGCCGUGGGGGCGGGGCUUGCUUCGGCCACACCUCCCGGCUCCUCCUACUCAUCCACUAGAAAGAGACUCUCAGACAUCCUUAGGAGGGGAAAACGUCACUUCCGUCGUUCCCUCACCAGAGCAAGGAGUGAAGACGAACACCCCUCGCCCCAUGUUCCCCUCACUCCAAAGGUUCCCCUGGAACCCCCCCACCUCUACCCCUCCAAAACCGAUCCCCCCUCGUUCCUCCUCGUUUCUCUCUCUCUUCCACCACGGACCACCACCCCCUAGCCACCCCACCUGCCCCCCAGGGGUCGAAAUUCUCCACCAAUGAGGGAACCUCAUCCAACAGCCCAGGAGCAGGUUUUGCCGGAAGCAGCAGCGGUAGUGGAGGGUCGGUGAAAGAGAAGGUGAAUACCUGGAUCCACUGCCAGUUGGAGUCGUUCCUAGAGAAGUGGGUCCCCCCAGACCAGACCCACCCCGCCCUGGACGCCGUGAGGAGGCUCACAACCAGUGUGGAGAGACUGAGUCUCUCUUCCUCUGACUACCUCGACUCACUCAAGACUGUCAGCUCCAUUCUCCUGGACGCAGAGACCAACAUAUCAUCGUUUGAGAUCAUGCACUCCGGCCUCGUUCCCAGUCUCACCAGUUUCCUGACGGUCGAGACACCGGAGAGUGUGGUGGCACUCAAUUCACGACUCAAGGCCUUUGUACACGUCUUCAUCGGAAUACCAGAGCAAGACACCUCUCUUGCAAACUGGACCCCUCCCACUCACAUCGGUCUAGUCCCACUACUCCAGAAGUUGCACGGCUGUGUCGGUCAACUGGAGCAGUUCUCCGUGAGAGUCAACGACAUGCCGGGAAGAAGAGGUUCUCAAGCUCUGAAAUUCUUCAACUCGCAUCAGAUCAAGUGCUCUCUUGAGAAACACUCCACGGCCCCCUCGUCGGUCAGUAAUUGGAAGGGGGGCCCCCUCAGAAUCGACCCCCUGGCCACCCUCCAGACUCUGGAGAGAUACUUGGUGGUCAGAGGAAUCGGGAUGUCUGACCAGGCAGCGAAGAGGUUGGAGGAUAUCGAGUUUGGUGACGAGGUAGAGGAGAACAUGAUUGUUGCCCAUAUGCCUACCACUGACAGGCAUUAUUUGGAGUUCCUCAUCAGCGAUCAAGUCGUGCCCUACAAUAUGACUAUCUUUCAAGCCGUGAGACAAUUUGCAGUGUCUCAGGCACAGGAAUUUGAAGACGAGGCAAUGCCACUGGGAAGACCAGAAAUAUGGAUCAGAACUCACACCAUUCACUAUCGUCCAGUGGUGCCACCGCCAGGGGCUGGGAGCAGUAAAGUGAUGUCCACCUCUCUCCCCUCCUCCACUCAUCUGGCCACCUCUACUGCCUCCGCCUCACCUGCUCCAAAGAAGAGCUCAAGUAGUGGCAGUGGUCGUAAGAGAACCUCCUCAGCAAAGACCCCUCUCUCCGUCCCCACUCUCUUCCCCCGAGUGACUCGCUCCUCCAGUCGAGACAAGUCUGGGAGUGGCGCCCAGCCCUCUCCUCCCCUUCGUCCCUUCCGCUCUCCCUCCCUCCCCACCCCUCCACUCCCCACCAAGGCACCGCCAGCACCAAACCCACCUCCCACCACCAAGUCCCCCGAGAGAGUCGCCAGCAAAAAGUCGCCCUCCGUCGGGCCUGCCUCGAAAGAGAAGCAGAGGCGAUACGGAGGUGGUCUGUCUCCGCUCCACCAAGCCUUGAAGCAGAGCACGGAGCUGUCUCUGUCGUCUGAGGACCCAUCUCUCCCUCUCCUGAGACUACUCAAGAUCCUCUACUCCAUCAACAACCACUGGACAGACUUAUACCAGGGAGUGGCUGGGAAUCCCGUUGUGCCAAUGUCUGAGUUUGUGAACAGCAAACUAACCUCCAAGGCCAACAGACAGAUGCAAGAUCCUCUCAACGUAAUGACUGGUAGCUUCCCUCCCUGGCUGAAGGACCUCGCCAAACACUUUCCAUUCCUGUUCCCGUUUGAGUGCCGUCAGACGUUGUUCUACAUCACCACUUUUGACCGCGACCGAGCUAUUGCCAGACUGCAGGAGCAGCGUCCAGAGCUGACGACGGCAGAGUCUUCCUCCCAGACGGUGUCGCCAAAGUUCAGCAAGAAGAAGAGGUGUGUGGCGAGGGCGAGUCUCCUGGAGCAGGGGGAGAAGAUCAUCAACGAACUGGCCAGCAAUCGAGCCAUGCUAGAGAUACACUACGAGGACGAGGUUGGUACCGGUCUGGGCCCCACACUGGAGUUCUACACGCUCAUGUCACGGGAGUUUCAGAGGGCUGAUCUGUCCAUGUGGAGAGGGGAACUGUGCCCGCCACUCCCAGGAGACCCACCUGGAGCUGCCAGUACACCUCUUACGUCCACAGUCCAGUAGGCCUCUUCCCAAGUCCUCUCGGGCCCUCGGCCAGCUACCCCAAAGUCGAGGAAAUCUGCUCCAAGUUCAAGUUCCUCGGAAAAUUCAUCGCCAAGGCCGUAAUGGACUCAAGAAUGCUGGACGUACCAUUGAGUGAUGCAUUCUAUAAGUGGAUGUUGGGGCAACAAGGAAUGUUCACAGCACAGGACCUUCAGCAUGUUGAUCCAGUGGUGGCUCGCUCGUUUGCUCAACUGGCAGCAGUGGCAGUCAACAAACACAAGCUGGAGAGCGACCCUCUUCUUAGUGACAAGGCUCUCUCGAUGGGAAUUGAGGCCCUCUCACUGGACGGAGGAGGUUCCAUUGACGAUCUGGACCUCGACUUCACCCUCCCAGGAUACCCCGAUAUAGAGCUAAAGCCAGGAGGGAAAGACGUGGCUGUCAAUAUCCACAAUCUCGACGAGUAUCUCAAGCUGGUGGUAGAUUGGACGUUGGUGAGGGGAGUGGCGAGACAGGUGGAGGCCUUCAAGGAGGGAGUGGCCUCUGUCCUUCCUCUCUCCAGUCUACACACCUUCUACCCCUCUGAGGUGGGCCCACAUGUACACACACCACUUUAUUGUAUUCGCUGGUGACUGCGGUAAAGUUCAAUUCUCCACAAUGCACGAGUCAUGGGGUAUAAACACACAUAUCAACUACACCAAUGAUGACACACACCUUUCAGAUGGACAUGUUGCUGUGCGGUGCAAACCACCAGAAAUGGGACGUCAAAGAGCUGAUGGAUUGCUGCAGACCAGAUCACGGGUACUCCCACGACAGUGCCACUGUCCAGAACCUGUUUGAGGUACUCAGCACGUACGACACCCUCGAGCAGCGCCAGUUCAUCCAGUUUGUGACCGGGAGCCCCGAGACUGCCAGUAGGAGGUUUCAAGGCACUCAACCCUCCACUGACGAUAGUCCGAAAGACGGUCGAGUCACCACAGAACGCGGACGACUUCCUUCCCUCUGUCAUGACGUGUGUCAACUACCUCAAGUUGCCCAACUACUCCACGGUCGAAGUGAUGAGAGAGAAGCUUGGUUUUGCUCUGAGAGAAGGGAAAGACUGUUUCCAUCUCUCCUGACGUGAAUCAGCACAGCACGACCCAAUACUUUGCGCCACUGAUGCAAGAACCAGUAAUCACCACGUUUGUUUUAUCACUGUGAUCAGUUAUAAUAAUUAUUAUAAUACCAGAGGGUUUGUACAUACAUAAUACAUUGUUCCCUCUAGCAGGCUAUGAUUAUACCCACCACGUCAAUUAUCGUUUCAUACCGUCACGUACACCUGUCACAGUUUGGAACACUGCAAUCAUUUUAUUCUGUCAGAGGAUUUUACUUUUGAAAGUGCACAUUGUGUUGCUUUGUUUAAACAGUCGAUUAUUUUCCCGUGCAUUUCAUGAUCUAAAAUACUUCACUUUGAGCAACAGAUUUUUCGAUUCCUGCAAAAAGAGAUCACUGCAGAAUAAUAAUACGAAACUGAAAAGGGAGCUGAAAAACUGAGCUAUAAUUUUGUUGCUAGAUAGCUGUAGUUUUAUGCACAUUGUUGUGCGGUACUAACUGUAGAGUCUACGUGUCUCUCUCUCGCCCUCUCUGCAUUCUGAAUACCAUCUCGUAUGGAUAGGGCAGCUCUAUCUCACUCUUCUUGUCAAGAAGAUCCAACUACAUAUACAGCAUUAGUAUAAUAGAAAGAGUAAAUGAUGUCUUUAUUCAAGUGUAAAAGUUGCGUUCACACCUCAACAUACAAUGACUAAAAAUCACAAUUUUUGGUAGCAAAAUGAUGAUAACUAAGAUCAUGGUUGUUGAUGUUUGAUUAGGUAAAAUGUAUGUGUAUCACAGCUAGUUUUUGUGGUUCUUGAAUGGAUGAGGUUGUAGUUAACAAGAGCAAGGUUUAUAUACAGAGAGAAUUCAAACAGCAAAUUUAAAAAAAACCAGAAACAUCAGCACUUUAUAUAUAUACCUCGUCUUGAGAGAGUCUAAGAUUGGCAGCCUGGAGAUUGUCAUUUAGCUGUGCGGCAUUUCUGGCUCCUAUCACGACUGACGCGACCGUCGGCUUGUGCAGCAACCAUGCGAUGGCCACUUGUGCCACCGAGGCCUCGUGAGCAACAGCAAUGUCUCCCAGUGUGUCCGUCAGUCCCCAGAACAUCUCUCUAUCGGCCCACUGCUGGAGACUGGGGUGGGACUGGUUGGAGCGAGAUUUGUCCGCUUCAACCCACGCCACGCGAGAGCUCUCUGGGUCCUCCGAUAUCUCCCUGUCUCUCUGGAACUUACCUGUCAGUAGACCACCUUUCAGGGGGCUCCAGGGAAGGCAAGCCACGCCCUCUCUCUUGCAGACCUCCAUUAUCUCCCACUCAGUGGAACGACACAGCAGAUUGUACUGGGCCUGAUUGCUGACGAUCUGGUUGAGUCCCAGCUGGCGACCCAUGUCAAUUAUCUUCUGAAACUGCCAGCCGGUCACGUUGCUGACUCCAACAUAGCGCACCUUACCACACACGACCAGAUCGUUGAGGGCACGCAGCGUUUCCUCCAGUGGAGUUCCAUCAUCCCAACAGUGGACCUAGUAGAGGUCGAUGUAGUCACUAUUGAGUCUAUGGAGGCUCUGCUCAGCGGCCUGCAUGAUAUGGUGACGAGAGAGACCGCGGGCAUUUACGUCGUCUCGCUCCAUC